GCCAGCUUAUGCAGGAGAAUACUGUGGGAGACAGUGUCAAAGGCUUUGCUGAAGUCUAGGUAGACUAUAUCAACAGCCUUUCUCUCAUCCACCAGACGGAUCACUAGAUCAUAGGAGAUCAGGUUGCCCUUUGUGAACCCAUGCUGGCUAGGCCUGAUUCCUCAGUUGUCCCACACAUGCUGCGUGAUCUCCCUCAAAGCAGUCUGCUCCAUAAUCUUCCCUGGUACCAAGGUCAGGAUAACAUGCCUGGAGUUCCCCGGAUCCUUCUUACAACCCUUCUUGGAGAUGGGAGUCACACUGGCAAGCCUCCAGUCUUCUGAGGAAGUCCUGAUGGACAACAGACUGGCCAUGAGCUAGCAGUGUGCACUUGUGGCCAAGAAGGCCAAUGGAAAUAAAGAGUGCAAUCAAAAGAGUUGGCCAGCAGGAUCAGGGAGGUGAUCCUCUCCCUCUUCUCUGGCCUGGUGAGGUCAUGUCUGGAAUGUGUCGUAUUCAGUUCCGUCCUCCCCAGUUCAAAACAGACAGGGAUGUUCUAGAAAAAGUCUGGCAGAGGCUGUAAAGAUGAUGAGGGGCCAGCAGCAUCUCUCAUUUGAGAAAGGCUGAGAGACCUGGGAGCUGUGGAGCUACCACCAUCUUGCGCAGAAGCCAAGGGCCCAUGCCCACAGCCACCAUGAGGCAGUGACUAUGAUGUCACAGUGGGUGUCACAGAGCAGCCAUUGUGAUGUGUGAAGCUUGGAGCAGAGCAAAGGCUGCCAGGCUCAGGCUGAGUGUCAGUGCAGCCUGGUGAGGCACGGAGAGAGCAGGGACUCUUGCAGUGCUCACUAUCAACGCACAGUGAUGUUCAGUAGGAAGAGGAAGGCCUCAAGCUCAGAGGAGCCAGCAUGCAUGCUUUGUGGCCGAGCAGAUGAUGACCCAAACAUCUUUGGGCGCACAUUUGGCCAGGGUUGGAUUCGUGUCCAUGAGUUCUGCUUGAUUUUUGCCAACAUCUUCUAUGCAGAAACAGUCUCAAGAGAUGGAACUGUAGGCAUCCCCCUUGAUGACAUCGCACGCAAAGUCAAACAGGCAAACCAGAAGCAAUGCUGUGUUUGUGGAGAGAGGGGCGCUGCCAUCGCCUGUGCUGAGAGCGGAUGUGCACGUAGCUUCCAUCUGCCGUGUGCCAAGGACGGGCAAUGCAUCACCCAGUUCUUUGGACAGCACAGGUCCUUCUGCUUUGAGCACCACCCUCGACAGACAGCAGUGACAGCUCCAGCAAAAGGCACCACCUGCAUCAUCUGCCUUGGGCCUGUGGGAGACAGCUUGUCCUACCACACCCUGGUGUGUCCAGCGUGCAGACACACCUGGUUCCACCGGGGCUGCAUCCAGCAACAGGCCUUAACUGGCAAUGCGUGCUUCCGGUGCCCCGGAUGUCGAGACAGUCUUCUGUUCUUAGUGGAAAUGUCCACCAUGGGGAUCCAAAUCCCAGACAGAACACCAGAACAAGAGGACAGUGAUGCAUAUGCGUCACUUCUACAGAGGCACCGGCGCUGUGAUGCCAUCAGGUGCCGUCACCCUGAAGGCAGAGAGCAGGCAGAUAUAAGGGGGCCCUGGCAGCUGAUCCUGUGCAGCUCCUGUGGAGCGGAGAGCACCCACCGACAGUGCUCCUAUCUGAGCAACACAGCAGCCACGUGGGACUGUGACAGAUGUGCUGGCCUGGGUACCGCCUCCAGCGCCAUCUCGGAGCUCGCGGCACUCAGCACUGCCAGACAGGAGAGCCUGGAGCCAUCCCACAGACCCCAGGAGCCUGAGGACAGCUGCUCCGGCCCGGACAGCCAGGCAGCGUCCGGGCCAUCACACAGGUCCCAGCUGCCGGAGCUCAGCUGCCAGAGUAGAGAGCCGGGGACAGAACACACGACAAUCCCCUCAUGUUUACCAAUGGAUAUGGCUGAGCAGCACCAAGGACGCCAUCGGAGGAGACAAACAGCAGUCCAAAGCGCUGAGUGUUGCUCCCGCACCUCCACCAGACGGGGCAGAUCAGAAUCUUCCAGAGAGUUCCCUGGGGCUGCAUGCAGAAAGCAUCCCAGGCAGCGGGGAACAAGCCGGACACGAAGCCGCACCCCGCUGCAAAGUCGGGCCUCAAGUUCCCAGAGCCGGCCAAGAAGACGCCAUGGGAGCAGAGGAACAUCAGCUCCUUGUGAUCAGAGCAGCACCCGCAGAUCAGCCAGACUGGCAACACUGAGGUCCUCGAGGGCUUCCCCAGUGCCUGAACAAAGGGGAACAGUCUGUGCAUGGAGCGCAGGCUCUGACAGAAAGCCAUUACCCAGCAAGGUGUCGAGAUUAAAAUUCCCAUAGCUGGCCCUACACCGGAGACCACCUGAGGCAUAAAGCUACUCCUAGAUCCAACAUCAGAGUCAAAGUCUGUGCAGCCAGCCCCCAAGCCUGCACAGGAGUUAUCAUGUACCAGUCCCACCUACUUUCUCUGAUCCCGAGUCCAACUGUAUGGGAACUGCUGAAUCACAACCCAAAUCACUGAUUGACCAGAUAGGAAAAGGACUUGGUCAGCGCUGGAAGGGGUGGAGCCUGGCUGCACCUCUCUUAGACCCCAUUUAAGGGCUGACUGCCACUGGGGAAAGUUCUCUUUCUGGAGAUUUCUCCUUGGUGAAGCUUCUUCCUACAAACCUACAAUUUUCUGAUACAGGCAAGCAAUCUUCUUCCCUUCCUUUAUAGCACCACUCUAUCGUGCCAGUCCUUUCGUUAUCACACCUUUGUUAUAACACCUUUUCCAUUGUAUCAAUUUGUCAAAUUGCUACAGCAACACAAUAAAGAUCAGAGAUUCCCCCACACGCAUUUGUCAGCUUCAUCCUUCCCUGCUUCUGCUGAGGUGGGCAGAGGUAGGGACCUUGACAACAGGGUUGUCUCCUUCCCAGACCUCACU